GAUAAAAUUAAUCAUUUUGAAGUGAGAUACGCACAACAGAUUACUUUAACUCUCAGUUAUUAACUAGUAUUUCAUUCGAAAACAUUCUAAAGCUUAUUAAAACGAGACAUAAUAUUUGUAACAGAAUCUGAAUACGCUAAGUGUAAAACGAAUCAAAUUAAAAAAUUUUAUUCGCCGAUUAAGAUUAACAUUUUCAUCGUGACUAUGGCACUUUUUACCGACCUUUGGUUUCUUGACGUCAUUAUUAUUUUUUUACUAUUAAUGAUAACAAUUUAUCUCUACGUAACGAGAAAAUUUAAUUAUUGGAGAAAUCGCAAUGUAAUGGAAAUACCACCGAUUCCAUUUUUAGGAAACUUUGCCGAUUGUUUUUUUUUACGGAAAUGUCCUGGUGAAUUUAUUAUGCAUCUGUAUAACCAAUCAGGUGGAUUACCAUUCAUGGGAUUUUAUGUGUUCGAUAAACCUUUCUUUUUGGUCCGUGAUCCAGAACUUGUUAAACACGUUCUCGUAAAGGAUUUCGAUUAUUUUUCUGAUAAAUACUCAAGGACAGAUGUCAAUGAUCGUCUCGGUUGGACUAAUCUAUUUAUGAUUAAAAAUCCAGCAUGGAAGAUUUUAAGAUCUAAGUUAACGCCUAUAUUUAGCAGCGGGAAAUUGAGAAAUAUGUUUAAAUUAAUGCUGAUCGUAGGAGAUGAUCUCGAUACUUAUUUGGAAUCCUUGAAUUUGGAAGGAAAAGGAAAAACGUUGGAUAUAAAAGAUCUGUGCGCCAAAUUCACGACAGAUUUAAUCGGCAUCACUGCUUACGGUUUGAAAGUGAACUCAUUAAACGACCCUAACGCUGAAUUUCGAAGAUGCGGAAAAAAGAUUUUCAAUUUCACCUGGUACCGUGGUUUCGAAAUUCUCACCAUGUUUUUUAUGCCAUCGUUGAUCAAAUUAGUUAGGGCUAAUUUUUUCGGUAAAGAUAGCGGUGAUUUUCUUCGAAAAACUUUUUGGGAGAAUGUUAAUCACAGAUUGCAAUCCGGAACAAAGAAUAACGAUUUGAUCGAUCUUCUUCUUGAAUUGAAACAAAAUCACGAGGGUCAAGAAUUCGACGGAUUUAAAUUUGAGGGAGACGAUUUGGUAGCUCAAGCUGCAGUUUUUUUCACCGGUGGUUUUGAAACAUCGUCCACCACCUUAGCGUUAUCUUUGUUCGAAUUAGCUCUAAAUCCAGAAAUCCAGAAUAAACUUAGAAAAGAAAUUAUGGACGCUCUAGACAAAAAUGAUAAUAAAGUUACUUACGAAAUGAUUACGAAUUUAUCUUAUCUCCAUAUGGUUGUAUCGGAGACUUUACGAAAAUAUCCAGUAUUUUCAUUCAUCGAACGAAUAGCCGGCAAAGAUUACAAAGUGCCAGGUCAUGAUUUAAUUUUGGAAAAAGGAACACCAGUUUAUGUUUCUUCUAUGGGAUUACACUAUGAAUCUCAAUAUUUUCCUGAACCGAAUAAGUAUGAUCCAGAAAGGUUCAAUGAUGAGAAUAAGAAAAAUUUGACACCUUACACUUAUCUGCCAUUUGGUGAAGGUCCUCAUAUGUGUAUAGGAUUACGAUUAGGAUUGCUUGAAUCGAAAUAUGGUCUCAUUCAGAUUUUAAGGAAAUACCAAGCUACACCAUGCGAGAAAACUGUUUUUCCUAUGCGUUUAGAUCCCAGAGGAUUGACAUUAACUGCAUUGGAUGGAAUUUAUUUAAACCUAGUUAAACUUCCAACGUCCAAUAAAAACAAAAUGGCAUUAUUGACACCAUACUGGGGCCUCGAUGGAAUCAUAAUUUUUCUAUCAUUUUGGGUAGCAGCAUAUUUUUACAUGACAAGAAAAUUUAAAUAUUGGAAAAAUCGUGGAAUUACGGAAAUCCCACCGGUUCCUUUUGUCGGUAACUUUUGGGAUUCGAUUUUCAUGAAAAAAUCAUCUGGUGAAUUUGUAAAGGAAUUGUACGAUCAAUCGAAAGGAUUACCUUACGUGGGUUUCUUCAUUUUUGACAAGCCAUCAAUUUUAAUUCGUGAUCCUGAAUUGGUGAAACUCGUUCUGGUCAAAGAUUUCAAUUAUUUCUCAGACCGAUAUGCAUCACCUGACGUCAGCGAUCGUUUGGGUUACGCUAAUUUAUUUAUGAUGAAAAAUCCUGGUUGGAAGGUUCUUCGGUCUAAACUAACGCCGAUCUUUACGUCCGGUAAAUUGAAGAAAAUGUUCGAGUUGAUGCUUGAAAUCGGCACAGAUCUCGACAAACAUCUCGCAUCAUUGGACUUAGGAGAUAAUGGUAAAAAUUUAGAAAUGAAAGAAAUCUGUGCAAAAUUUACGACCGAUUUGAUCGGUACGACCGCUUUCGGUAUUCGUGCCAGUUCUCUGAGCAAUCCUGAUGCCGAUUUUCGCAAAUACGGUAAAAAGAUCUUCGAUUACGACUUCAAACGUGGCUUCGAAUUUUUGUCGAUAUUUUUUAUCCCUGGAAUCGUCAAAUCGACGGGAGCCAAAUUUUUCGGUCAAGAAGUUAGCAACUUUUUCCGUGACGUUUUUUGGCAAGUCAUCAACGAAAGAAUUGCUUCCGGUUGUAAGAGGAACGAUCUGAUCGAUUUGUUGAUCGAAUUGAAAACCACUUACGGUGACCAAGAUCUUGGUGGAUUCAAAUUCAGCGGUGACGAUUUGGUAGCACAAACAGCUGUCUUCUUUACUGGUGGUUUUGAAACAUCAUCAACGGUUAUGGCCUUCACCCUUUAUGAAUUAGCCCUUAAUCCGGAAAUACAGACAAAACUUAGACAAGAAAUUUUGGAUGCUUUAAAUGAAAAUGAUGGAAAAGUUACUUAUGACAUGUUAAAUUCUAUGACGUACUUGGACAUGGUCGUCUCCGAAUCUUUACGAAUGUAUCCGCCAUUGGGAUUUUUGGAUCGAAUUGCUAUGGAUGAUUAUAAAGUACCUGAUUCAAAUUUAGUCAUUGAAAAGGGUACUCCAAUUAUGAUAUCGAUGAUUGGUAUGCAUUACGAUGAACAAUACUUCCCUAAUCCCACAAAAUAUGAUCCUGAACGAUUUAAUGCUGUUAACAAGAAAAGCAGACCAGGUUACGUUUAUUUCCCGUUCGGUGAAGGACCUCAUAUUUGUAUAGGUGCACGAAUUGGAUUAUUGCAAGCAAAAUUAGGGAUUAUACAUUUACUAAAACAACACGAAUAUUCUCCGUCCGAGCAUACAACAAUACCGAUGCGUUUAAAUCCAAAGGGUGUGACAGCAACGCCAAUCAAUGGAAUACAUUUGAACGUUCGAAAACUCAUUUCGAAUGUUGCUUAAAUAUUUUGGAAAAAUUUCUAAUGUAACAAUUACUCUAACGCAAUGGUUCCCAAAGUGGGCGAUGAUAGCCACAGACGCAUUUGAUGGGAGCGAAGGAG